UUGAGGUGAUCACUUGUGAACUGCGUUAAGCCACCGACAUGGCGCUGACUAAAUUAAUGAGUGCGAUCCUCACCAGAGCGCUGUUUAUUUUAGUUGCUGUCAUCGGAGUGUUGAGGGUGGCAUCGGUUAAGAAGGAUAACAAUUACUUGUUUCUGGCUUUUCUUUUGUUGCCGCUUGUUGUUGAAAUGAUAGUAACACUGAAGAUGCGAAAAGGACAGGAUUAUAAAUGGUUUUCCCCUCCUAUCUUUCUCUUCCUCAUUACUAUUAUUCCCUCGAUCUGGAUUCUGGAGAUACAACACCAGCAAGACAAAGCCAGCGAUCUAGAGUGCAAUAAACUAGAUUCUAUAGAAACUUUGCAAAGACUGUGGAAUCGAAGCACCGAGCAGGGAAACACCACAAACCAGAAUUUACUUAAGAGGUUGUCCACUGUCUGCGCGAAUGACUGGAUCCUGGCUCUUCACCAGAUCGUGCUCAUCCUCCUCAUUGUGGGGAAGUGGCUUCUGCCUUUGGGAGGCGGGGUCACAAAAGAUGAGUUGUCUCAGCUUCUUCUAACUUUUGUUGGCACUGCAGCGGACAUCCUGGAAUUUACUAGUGAGACGCUGUCAGAUGUAAAAGAAAAAAAUCCUGCCAUGGUUUACGUCAUCUUAGCUGUAUGGACCUGGAGCAUGUUGCAGUUUCCACUACAUCUAGCAGUGGUGAACACCAAAUCUGAUGAAGAGAAUGGCGGAGAAGAUCAAGUUGUCCGGGAAACCUUCUUUAUUAAACACAGCACUGAUAUUUGGAGUAUCAUAGAGACCCUCUUUAUCCAGGAUGGGCCUUUUCUGUUGGUCAGGCUGACUGUCAUUAUUCACUUCAGAGUCCUCCACCAGAUGCUUGGUUUCUUUGCCAUCAAGAACGGCCUAGUGAUCACACUGAGCUUGUACAGGUUGGCCAUUAUAUUGCUGGACUACAGACAUUCCAUGGGCAACAAUGCAGAGGCAGUACCGAUGCAUGAGUCAGAUGACAGACGUUGCAGCCACAGCAGCACUGAGGCAAUAGCGAUCCAUGAGUUAGAUGAGCUAUGCGACAGACCUUCCAGCCACAACAGUGCAGAAGCAGUAUCGACCCAUGAGUUGGAUGACAGACGUUCCAGCCACAACAGUGAAGAGGCAGUGCUGACCGAUGAGUUAGCUCUGGUAGAUAAAGAGGAAUCUUAGAGUGAGAUGUAUUACGCUAAACAUUUAAAACCUUUUAAAUUCAAAUGGCAAAAACUAUCACUGAAGCAGGAAAAGAAGGAAACACAACACAAUGGUUUGACACAGCUACAAAGUCAGAGUGACUAAAGUCAGACUGUCAGAUAAGAAGUUAGUCGACUUCUAACAGUGUGAUAACUGAUGUCUGGCUGACAGGAAUUGAGGGCAACAAACGAAGGUGAAAGCGAGAUGAUGAGAUAUUUUUGCAUGUUGUGUGAGAUCGAGAGGAAGAUAAUAACAGACAGAAAUUUUCCUGUUUUAACCCAAACAGGAAAUUGAAAGUCAUGCAAAAGCCCCUCUAGUGGUAGUCGGUAGGUGCUUUGUUCAUUUAAGAUGAUUGCUCUUUACAAAAUAAGGAAUAUGCUGUUUACAAAUCAAAAAGUAUUGUUACCUCAGUAGUUACAUUAAAUCAAUGUGAUAUCUGUGGCUAAAACAGGUGGAUCAUUGUCCAUUUGUACAUUUUUUUUAAACUAAAGAUAAAAUUGCACUCAGGUGAUGAGCUGUGUAUGAGUUGCUUUUAAAGCCUUUAAAACCGUUUUUACGGCUUUAAAAUCACACAAAGUUUUUAUACCUGAUUUAUGUGAGGAUCUUCAUUUAGCUGGUAAAGGAACAAAAAUAUAUGUCAUGUUUGUUGUAAAUGACUAUAACUCAUGAUAUCCUGUCAAAGCUGCUCUGACCUGAAUACAUUUCAGUAAAUGUGGCUCAUUUUACUUUUUUGCUAUUUCAUUUAUCACAAAACCAGAAACAGUGGGUUCAAAAUGAUUAUUUUUUAGUUUUUCUGGGUGAUUUGUCGCAUUGCCAAUAUAUACAAACACAAAUUCAAACUUUAUGAGCACAAAUGCGCUACAUCUACUUCUGUUGAAAAUAUUCAUCUGAAAACUGUGUUUAUUUUGUCUACAUUUCUUCAUUUUGUACAGUAAAUCUAACCUGCAAACUGUCUACCGUCUCCCCUCUGUGGACAUCAGUGUAUUACCACUUUGAUGAUGCCAUCUGUGACAGUUUUUUGUUUGAGAGGUUGCAUCAGAAUCAGUCUUAUCUGAGUUUAGAACAUUUCAGCUCCCUAUGAAAUCACUGUGGCUGCUGUCAAACUGUCACAAGAGUUGAUUUUUGUAUUCACCAUCUAUAUGCCAGCCAGUUUUCAGAGAUGUCAGGAAAUUUAAAAUUGACAUUUGCACCUGCGUCAUGGCCCCACAGUAUGGUUUCCUGUUUUAUUGUGAAGGUCUGUGUCUUAUGUUAGUGUGUCCAGCUUCUGACAAAACAAGAGUAAAACAGUUUCUCGACUAACUCCAGCUCCAGCAAAUAGUCUUUUCCUUUUCCUCUCUAUGAUGAUUAAACUGGAUAAAACUGAACAAUGUUUGGAACCAUAAAUCUGUCAUGACAAUAAAUACUCAG